UUGCAGUUGCACACGUUAUCCCCCUUCUCCACCUCUUUCCUCCACCAAAGAAAGCAAUCCCUAGCCUCCACCAAUCGUUGUCGCCGUCUGUCGGAGUUAGAGACUGCGCCGCCAUCCGUCGCACUCAAGAACUGCCGUCUUCGUGCUCUCGGGCCUCUCGCCGGAUCCUCCGCGUCGUGUGCUCGCAUCUCGCCUCUCUCCUCUGUGCUCGGCUGCUCGCGCCUCCCUCCGCCAGUGAGUGCUCGAUCUGUGCAUGUUGGUUGCUGCGCGUCGUGUUGGCUUUGCUCGAUUCUGCCUCCCAGUCUCACUCGAGUCUCGUCUCAGUCACUGGCAUCUCGUGGUUCGUCUGUCUCGUCGCCGGCGGCAGAAGAAACUCGUGGGGUUGUCUCUUGCUUCGUCGCCUUCCGUGGGGUGGUAGCCGACUUGCCGUCGACCGUUGUUGGACCGGUUGGACCAAUAAACCAAUGAACCAAUGACUAGAACGGUUCGAUGACUGGUCCGUUUCUCAGAACCUUGAUUUAAAAUAACAAAAGUCGGAAACUAGGAAUUGUGCUUUAAGGUUUUUGGACAUAACAAAAGUAAAGUAACCAAUGAGCCCAGUAUACAAAAAAGAAAAUCGCCCAAUUUGCGGCCCACAGGCCUUAAUUCUCUGACGUUGUGUCAUUCACUGAGGAGAAUUACUAUCCCAGUGUGGUGUUGAGUUGUUUGGAUAUCAAUGAGUACAAUUCACACAGCAAAAGCAAAAGAAGAAAAUGGGAAGCAAAGUACGACAGCUAAGAAUCCAGGUUCUUCUGGUUCCUUCAAGAGAUGGGGCAGGAAAAGCCCCUUUCUGAGAUAUGGCCUUCCCAUGAUAUCUCUUACUGUUCUUGGUGCUCUUGGCCUUGGUCAUCUCUUGCAAGGCAGCAAGGAUAUUGCAAAGGUGAAGGAUGAUCAGGAAUGGGAAAUAACUGAAGUAAGAAAAGCAUUGUCUAGACUUGGACCAGUAGAUGCAUACAAUCCAAAAACCAUCUCAUUGGAGGAUGAGCUCAAGGCCUUGCAACAAAAGGUGAACAUUGACGAUUACGAGUACAAGAAAAUUCCUAAACCGAAUGAGGGCAAGUGAGAUUAGAUGAUAGCUGUGAACUUUAAACAACUUCGAAACUUCUCUUGUAUCAAGCAUAGAACCAAUUUUAUGGGGUCAAAGAGUCGGCUCUUACAUACAAGUAGGGAAGCUGUUAUUGCCGCUUAUUGUGUUUUGACUAUGGAAGAUGAAGUUGAGAUUAAUUGUACGAGUCUCUUUUCUUAAUGGGAUUUUUAAGUUAAGAAUUUGAAGCACAUCGACCAUCUCCAGGAAGGAACUCAUUCAGUUCUUAUUUAUGGUCCACCUGUCAUAAAAAGUAAUUCCGCAUUAGCUUUUGCGUCAUAAAUAGUAAAUAGAAACUCAAAGUA